AUGUCAAACUCUUCAGACGACAUAGGCAGUAAUGACAGGACACAAGCUAAGCUCAAAAGUGCUACAACAUAUCAAUUGUGCGGGUUUUCUAUACCAACUAAUGAUAACAAGGAUAGCAAACACAUUUGUGUCACAAAUCGGCGGCCACGGAAGCCAGCAAUGGGAUUGUACCAAUCUGGGGACUUUGACAAUGAGGUGACAGGAUAUCAUUGGGUCAACCAGGGCAUCUGA